GCUCGGUUGAGGCGAGCCAAAUCCGGCGGUCGGCGGCCACCGUCUAUCUCUCUCUCCCUUCCUUUCCUCUCGUCACCGCCGCCGCCGCCGCCAUGCUCCGCCUCCGAAGCCGCAUCCUCGCCCACCUCCUCUUUUCUCCCGCCACCUCUCCCCACCGCUCCCCUCAUCCAGCCGCCUCGCACUCCACACUCCGCCGCCUCCUCCUCUCCGCGGCCGUUCCCCCACGCACCGGAUUCGCGGUACAAGAGUACCUCGUCGAGACCUGCGGCCUCACCGAAGCCCAGGCACUCAAGGCCUCGGCGAAGCUCUCCCACCUCAAGUCCCCCUCCAAGCCAGACGCCGUCCUCGCCUUCCUCGCAGGCCUCGGCCUCUCCACCGCCGACAUCGCCGCCGUCGUCCCCAGGGACCCGCGGUUUCUCUGCGCCGGCGUUGAGAGAACCCUGCCCCCCAACGUCCUAGGGCUUGCCGGCCUCGGCCUGUCACGCUCGCAGAUCGCGCGCCUCUUCUCGCUCGUCCCCGGCGAAUUCCGCCGUAGAUCCAUCGUCUCCAACCUACCAUACUACCAGUCUCUCUUCGGCUCCUACAAGAACCUCCUCCGGGUGCUCAACCGGAACAACUCUCUCCUGGGAUGCAGCCUCGACAAGGUGGUCAAGCCCAAUGUCGCCUUCCUGCGGGAGUGCGGGCUAGGUGAUUGUGAUAUCACCAAGCUGUGCUGCAAGAACACGUGGAUUCUUAGCAAUAACCCAGAGCGCGUCCGGGCGAUGGCGGCACGUGCGGAAGGUUUAGGCGUGCCCCGCUGCUCUGGAAUGUUCAGAGAAGCGCUGAUGGCUGUUGCAACCAUGAGUCAGGAGAUGAUUGCCGCGAAAGUGAAUUACCUCAAGAACACAUUCAGGUGGUCAGAAGCUGAGGUGUCCAUUGCUGUUAGUCGUUCUCUGAUGGUGCUGGUGAGGUCUAAUAACAUGCUGCGGAGCAAAUCAGAGUUCCUUAUCUCUGAGAUGAAUUUUCAUGGCUACGGGUGGACAGUGGCGAAGGGAGCAGGCCCGCGAGAGGGCAGGGUGGAGAGCGGGGUAGCCAGCUGAGCUGGGAAAUCUUGCUGUCGCAGGUCGCCUUCUGUGGCUGCAGCCAAGGGUUGCCGUCUCCUUGGUGUCCGAUGGGGAGCUCGACCAGUUCCCAGCAGGCAGAAUAGACGAGCAGAUGCAAGGAUAUGAUGCAUGGAGGGCGUUGGCUAACCACAGUCGUGUUGGUAUCGAUUUGCUAUGUUGUCUCAAGACUGCCCUGCCCCUUGUGUUAAGAGUAAAAAGAUGUGAUGAACCCUUAAAGUUCUGGGAGGAGUCUGAUCCCAAAGACAACCUCCUCUCGCGCACCAACGUGAUGAGUUUCCGUGAGUUCGUGGGAGACCCAGGCGAGGUUGGCUUCCUGGAGUUCUUCGAGAUCGGGCGGGCGCCGGAGACCGCAUCUGUUUCCAUGGCCAGUCCAUGGAAACAAGGCAAGGAAAUCCUGGCAAAUGGUUGUCCUUGGCAGUGCAGAUUUUUCUUGCCGAGUCAUCAUUUCCUGAAAAUCUCAUGGUACCACGCAGCAAGCGGAGGUCAAAACAAGUCGGGGAUUCCAGCUUGCAUUCAUUCAGCAAAAAAAUCUAAACUAAAAUUAGUGAAAAGUCACCCUCAACUUUCUUGCUCUGAAAAUUAGCAUGCAACAAGUUAGUGCUGGCCAGGAGGUACAUGCAGAAGAUAAGCAAAGAGUUGUAGAGAAAAUCUUAAAAGAGUCCCUGCCUUGUAGAGAAUGAAGGGAAUAAGUGCGAAAUGACGUUGAAAAUCAAAGCGAUUUGUUUUUUUAAGAAUAGUUC